AUGUACCAUGGGUACAUCGCUGCAUCACCCACAAAUCCUCGAACAGCCUUUGCCAUACCUCUUGUCCAGCUGUACCAAUCUCUGUGGCAUGAGUCAGCCGUGCCAUACACAUCGUUCAUCAAAGGACUUAUCUGCCAUCAAGACACCCGCUCUAGUGAUCCGCUGUUAGCUCGGAGUCGUUUCAACAAUCCUCGUGAACUUCGGAUCCCAUUCUCACAAGCAAUGGAUAUCUAUGGUCGAAUCCAAAUCCUUCACAAAGAACUCCUCAACACUGCACUAGGACUCAAACAGCAAGACUUGUGGGCAUCCCAGUGCCCCUCCUGUUUUGGACCUGAGGAACCAGAUGAAGUAAGUGCUACCGAUGAAGCAUAUGCCAUUAUAGCUAUGGACGGCAACUUUCAGCAUCGGCAUCACCAUUUUGCAAGUACUGAUGUUCCUACCGAGAGCGACUAUCCACCAAUUUUCAUCCCUCCUUCACAAAUCAAUACACAUGUGAUUCAACUGCAAUCUACUGAUGAAGAAGCAGCUGGUAUCAGGUCAUCUUGCUCAGAUUCUCACAAAGCUGCAAAUGAUGUUCGCAACUCAGCCUCUUGGGACAAAUUUGAUGAUACAGGACUGUUUGGGUGUUGUUGUCGCCAUGACAUACCCUUGAAACUGAAUAAUAUUGAGGGAACUGGUGAAAAGCUUUACUAUCCUGUCAGCAUACUUGAAGAUAUCCUUAAAACAUUUCCAGACAAGAAAUUUGGACUGCUUUACGACAUUGGAUGCCACUUGGAUGCACAUGUCAAAAAGCGAAACCUACUAGGCAGCCGGAUCAAUCGUGUUGCCUUUGGUACUUCUGUUUUUCAUGCCUAUGUCCAUAACUGGGCAUGUCAAAUAAAGUACAAUCCCUGUUAUAAUACCAACUGGGGCUUAGCUGAUGGUGAGGGGAUGGAGCGGCUGUGGUCACAAUUGUCAGACCUUGUUGGUCCACUCCGAAGUGCAACUCGUAUACAUCGGCUGCAGGCAAUUGCACGCCAAUGUGUCUACUAUACUCAAAGCCUCAAACGAGGAGCUGUUGAUUGGAUGCACCGACAUCUUCAGCAAGCACAAAAAAGUAUAGAGGACUGCCAUGUCAAACUGCGAGAAAUCUACAGUCGGUUCAAUCACUACUCUGAUGAGUGUUACACAGCACAAUUCUUUGAAGCACAAUGGAUUGCAGAGAGGUCCUACUAUGAGAACAGAAAUCAUGUGAAGGAAGAACAGAAGCUUGAGCUUGGGCGACUGCUUACAUUGGAACAAGAUAUGAUUGAAGCAUGGGAGGAGAUACGGGCUCCGGAGGAGAUCCUUGCACAAGUACGGACAAUGCGGGACAUUCAACUCCAAAUAGAACAGCAGCGUGAGCGAGUUGGUGCUAAUGAACUCCUCGCCGGGGUCACACCUGAAUCCGAAUCACUUUUCCUCAAGGUUUGGUGGGCUAAAACCGAGCUCAGGCAGAAGUUUCUGGCUCUACUUGAGGAGAAGAGGCCCCUUGAUGCUGUUAGAAUGGGUGUAGCUUCUAAGUUGGGGACCGAUGGGAAGGAAAGACUUAUAAUUUCACUACGGAAGCGCACUGCAGCCUUACAAGCCGUCCUCAACACUUAUAACCGCCACCUCAAAGCUUUUCAUCUGGCCUUUCCCCUGCUAAGAACAAUAAGACAAAUCGAAUAUGAUGAGCUUAUGAGCUUGGAUCCAGACAGUCCAUUUUGGAACGACGGUGUGUUCACUAACCACGAAGAGCCUUGGGCUGUCGAUUCUGACACUCAGGAUGGCAUGCGACUGCUUGCACGUCUCACAAGAGGUCAAGAAGAAGUGCGGCGAAUCAGUCAAGAAAUCCGCAGGGCAACUCGUUGGGCGGUCACCGAGCAUAAGCGAAUACUUCCACUUAUGUUUGGACUCACCUCCAACAUUGACUGGACCAAUUCUGGGCUCCAAUCUGUGUUGAAUCAUCCAAUCUUACAGACGAUAUCAAAUGAUGAUGACCAAAUGGAUUCAAUAAAAUCGAUCCUCCACAACCACUUUAUCGAGCUAUCAUUCCUCCAGUUACACUGGAACAAAAAGGUGGUUUCCCUUAUUUCUGAAUCAGGGCCUUACGAGAACAAUAACAAAAUAGUAAACGAUUGGAACGAGCAAAUAAUGAGGCUAACGUUGUUAAGAGCAAGUGGUAACUUAUCCAUGAUUGCAGGUGAUUUUGACAAUGCAAUUGGUAAUGCAUUGGACAAUGUUGAUGAAUCAGUCCUACAAAAAUUCCUUGCCCAAGAUGAUGAUGGCACUACUGCCCCUACCAAUACUCAGGAUGGACGGCCUGACGAACAAGACAACAAUAAUGAUGACGAUAACCUUUUAGCCCCAUCUGCUGUCAGAGAUGCUGAUCAAUUUGAGCUGGCUCUGGAGCGGGAGUCUCUCAAUAAUGCCUUGGAAAAUGCGUUUAACCUUCCAGACAUCAAGACUUGUCUAGUGAUUUAUUUAAUGUGCACUGGUUUUGACUUUGAUGAAUUCACAAAUUGA